AUGACUACGGCGCACUCAACUACCCACGAUGCAGGUAGCGCCCCUGCUGCGGCUCCUCCUCAGUCCAUCUUGACCUCUACGUCUUACGACACGCCUUUGUCGCAGACACCACCUCACCAUCUACAGCAAACACCUUCGCAAAACCUCGCGCUCACCCAUCAACAGCAGCAGCAGCAGCAACGGAGCGUCAAGAGGCCUAGGCCAGUAAAGUCAUGUACCGAGUGCCGAAAGCGUAAACUCCGAUGCGAUCGCCUUUGUCCAUGCUCUCAGUGCCAGAAAUCGAACCGAACAUGCAAGUACGCUGUCGAUCAUGACUCCGCAAAUCUGUCAGAGGGCUCGGACAGCGAGAUGCCAGAACCCGCUCGGCCAGCCAAACGCAAUUGCAACCCCAGCAUAUUCAAUUCAACUACUCCACUACCAAGCGACUCGGCAUAUGGUCCUGUUCGAAACGGUGAUGCCACAAGCGCGCCGUCGUUGGAAGAGUUAUCGAUGCGCAUGGAAAGGCUUGAGAGACAACUUAUGGCUAGAAGUCCUGCGGUAUCUGAGGGUAGUGGGGGCAGACUUAUCGCUGCGUCUUCCGAUACUAUACGGGGCCUGACCGUCAAACAAGGAGCUUUGCGAACAAGAUAUCAUGGCCAAAACAGCCCUCGCGUCUUGCUCAAUUUGUUUGACGAAGCAAAAGAGUUCAUGGCAAACAACUCCAAUAACAAUGCAGUACGCGAGGUUUUGCUAAACUUUAAGCGGUUUCACAAAGCUCUUAUUGACGAAUAUCGAAAAUCUUUGUCGCCAAUCACUGUCUUCGUUGAUUCGAUGAUGCCCGUACACAAGCGAAUGACGGAUAUUCUACCAAAGAAAGCAGUAUGCGACAGGCUAGUUGCAUCAUAUGUCGACACCUCCGAAACAAUCUACCGAAUCGUCCAUUUACCUAUGUUCACUGAGCAGUACAACCUAUUCUGGGAAGGCAAGAUAGAAUCCGAAUAUUUCCUCCCGCAACUACUCUCACUCUGCUCAAUCGCGUCUCGGUUUGAAACGAAAUCGAAAGGACUUGGCAACGAGCGGUCUGAGGGCGUGCAUAUUCCAACAGCAUGCGCUCUGGUGCGAACGUGGCUGGAUAGCCUGAGGGGAAAGCAGUUGGUCGAUUUUGCAGUACUUCAAGUCGAGGUUCUUCUUGUACACGCGCAGCGAAUGAUCACACCCCGGAUACAGGACUCUUGGACAUCGCUCGGUUCUAUCGUGCGCAUGGCCAUGAAUAUGGGUCUUCACCGCGAUCCUUCAGAAUUCGAGCCACGGGUCCCUGUGUACUUGGGCGAGAUGCGCCGCCGAUUAUGGUUUACGAUACUUGAUAUGGAUCUUCAUAUCUCACUUGCCAGCAACUUGCCUUGUUUGGUUCGAGAAGGAGAUUUUACCUGUCGACCGCCACGAAACCUCGACGACAAUGAGCUGUACCCGGAUAUGAAGGAGCUGCCACCAUCAAAGCCUAUCGACGUAGUUACCGACAAUCAGAUGCAGGUUUACGCCGCCAUGACACUAGGGGUGCGAAUGAAGGUGGCACACAUGCUGAACCGGAUCGACACAAUUCGGGACUAUCAAGAGAUUAUGGACGUUGGAGCUAAACUCGAGCGCUUUCUUGACGAUAUCAACUACAUCUUCCCUAGGCAAGGAAUAUUGAGCGAUUCGCAGAAGAGCAAGCAGUGGAGGUCGCGAGUCAUCCUCGACAUGCACGUGCGGCGACCGCUGCUUGCGCUCUAUCGACCAUUCGCGAUAGGAGCAUCUGACGCCCCGGCGCAAAUCUCCCGGGCUUAUCUCAGGUCCUCAAUGGUCAUCAUGAAGUACUUGGAUGAACUAGAUCCCAUGCUUGCGCAUUUCCAAGACAUUACCGAGAUGUAUCACCAGGUGCUGAAGAAGGAUAUCAUCCAGGCUGCGCUGAGUGUUUGUUUCUAUAUUCGGUCAGCUGUGCGUCCAGCUUCCGAUAGCUCGGGACUUGGUUCGCAAGCCUUACGCAUGUCUCCCGAUUCUUCAGACGACUUUCCCGUUUACAACCCAGAGAACCUUGUGCUCUGGUCUCCUUCUCGACUCAUCAGUACCGUGGAGAAGACAUUGGAUCUUCUGGUUCGCAACAUCAGUGGCCGAGAUACCAAAGAUGUGGUAUGCCUGUCAGUUGUUCUGGAGUGUGUUUCCAAACCCGAGGUCAAGACCGAAGAGGUUGUACAAAGUCUUCGCAUGAUACUAGAUCGCUGCUCUAGGGCUACCAACAUGACUCUCGAGACAAUGGGACCUGUCGGUGUUGUCGAUGGAUACCAAGGGGAUGCAUACAGACACCAUGUGCCGUUUAUGUAUCAGCGGAACUCGAUCGGAGUACCGGCAGCCCUCAACGACUUUGACAAUUGGCUGAUUUGGGAAGGAUGGGAGUAA